AAAACUACACAAAACAGAACUCUCUCAAAUUCUCUCUCUCGCUUCUCAUAAGCGUGCUGGCAAGCUUUGAGUAGGCGAUGCGCCACUCCAUCUCCUUCCCCCACAUCAAAUGAAUGCCAUUGUUUCAACUGUUUUGGCUCACCAAAAUAUUCACUCCAACUGUGUGUUGUGUGUGUAACCAUUUCUGUUCCUUCACAUGAUUGUGUUUCCCUUCUAUCGCAGCUCUCUCUCUCUCUCUCUGCAGCUUUUGGCUCUCUCUAAGCAGACAAUAAAGUUCUCCUUCCCUAAUUUCUCCUUUUUUCUGAUUUCUUCGCUUGAUUUUGCGCAUAAUUAACCGAUCAUGGUGGAGAGGUGCGGUUACGGAAGGGAGAGCGAAAUCUCGCAUUUCACCUCCUCGAAUUCGUCGUUUUCCUCGAGUUUGCUCGACGCGAUCUACCGCUCGAUCGAUCAAGGAGACGAGCAGAUGGCGAUCUACGGCGGAGGAAUGAGGAAGAAGAGCUUCGGCGGCGUAGAAGGCGCUAACGUGCGCCGCGGCGUGUUUGAGCGUGAUGAGGAGAUGGAGAGUUUCCAGCGCGCUUGCAUGAUUGAAAAAUGGGUGGAGAAGAAGGUGAUCGAGAAAUCCGUCGGUCGGAGGAGAUCCGUCGCCGAUUUCCAGGUGAAGAAGCUGCGGAAGGAUCGGGAGAGUUCCAGCUGGAGCUCCUCCGAUUCGAGCUCGGGCGGCGCCGGUGUAUUCUUCUCUUCGUCGGAGGCGGAGUCGUUUCAGGUGCAGCGGCCGAAGCCGAUCAGAACGGGGCUCGAGAAGGAGAAAAUCGCAGCUAAUCGCCGCGAAUCGGAGCAGAAACCUAAAAUUGAAGGAGGAUUCUCGAAGACGAAGCUGCGCGCGCUGAAAAUCUACGGCGAUUUGAAGAAGGUGAAGCAGCCGAUAUCCCCCGGCGGAAAACUCGCCGGAUUCCUAAACUCGCUCUUCCCCGGAGGAAAAGGCAAAAUCGGCGACGAAUCGCCGAUUUUAAAAUCCACAACCGCCUCGACUUGCUCUUCCGCGUCGUCUCUCUCCCGAUCCUGCCUCAGCAAAACGCCGUCGUCAAGAGGCAACCACUCCUCCGCCGGCGCGAAGAGAUCCGUGAGAUUCUCUCCGGUGAGCGUGAUCGUCGACUCAGAAAUCAACAACAAAAAGCAGACAUCAUCAAAUCGCGACGCGGCAAGGAAUCAGAAUCAGAGCAGUAAAAACAGCAUCAGAAGCGCGAUCAACGAAGAGCUUAUGGCGCACGUGAUGGAUCAGAACCGCCGAGUCGAGGAUGUGGCGAGGGAUUUGCUGAGGAAUUACCAGAGGCAAAAUCAACAACCACAAGCUAAACACGAGGUUUUCGAUCGAGAUUUCGACGACGACGAAGAUGAUGAUGCAGCAAGUUGCGCGAGUUCAGAUUUGUUCGAGCUCGAUAAUCUCUCGGCGAUUGGGAUGAAGAUGUACAGAGAGGAACUGCCGGUUUACGAGACGACGCGGCUCGAUUCCGCAGGCAACGGAUUAAUCUAUUAAAAUAUUUAAUAAUGGUUUAAGUAUUAGUAAUUAAGAAUAUUAGUAUGUAAUUUUAGUUUUUUUUAUUAUUAUUGGUUUGGGGGUUUACGAGUAGUAUCUGACUGUAAUCAAUUUAAUUUUGUGCAUUGUUUUCUUGGUAGUGUGUGUCUUUGGUGGUGGUGAAUAAAAGUAUGUGAAUUCAAAUAAA